GUUCAUGGUCAAACACUGGCUGCAAUCUGCGUCGUGAUACUGAGCAAGCAAAACUCUGUUUUUGUUACCGUGCCCAGUUGCGUUGCGGGUAAGAUCGUAAGGCCGAUCGAUCGUCUCAGAAAAACUGCUCCAUGACGGCCAGUCAAAGAGUGCCCAGAAAAAGUUUUUAACGGUGGUUGGGGAUUUUCACCCUUCGUCUGGCGACAGGAUGUUGGAAUUUCGGCUGUUGGGGUCGGGCAGCAGCAGCAUGAGAUGCAGACCACAGGUGGUGGUGGUGGACGCGGAGAUUUUUGUCCAACGACUGUGAUCAACUGCCGUGAGAUUCGUCCUCUGAGUUGUGUUGCCAUACUGCGUACCCACCACGGAGUAUGGCUUGAGAGGAGGUAGAGUCUUCGGGUGAGUCCAGUUGCGUUGAGUUUCGGUGCACGACGCUUGCGUUCGCGAACCCGGCUCUAUCAGCAAAAUGGAAGGCGCAGACUCUGAUCGUAGAGUGGGGGCUGGGAGGAAACGGAAGCUCAGUACUCGGCAAGGAUUAGUUGUGGGGGUGGCUGCGUUGGCUGGCUUAGGUUUACUGAGCAAGAUGAUUUCGGCGUUGAGGGGAACGAAAGCUGAGAAAUCGAAAGAAGGAGAUGCAAAGACUGUGGAAGCAGUUUUGGGUGAAGAUGUGGUAAGAAAUGGCGUGGUUAAAGGGGAUGAUGAAUCCUCUCACCUUGGCAACCACGAGUCCGGGAUUGAAAUGAAAGCCGUAGACUCUAAGGUUUUGGAAGCAGUGUUGAGCAGUCCUCCGGUGCCGAAUGCUGUGACACCAUCAAACCCUGAGAAGGUCACAGGUGAUGAAGCAAAAUCCCAGGUAGACUCUCGAAGUCCUCCGAAUGAAGACGCUCAGUCUGUGGCUGUCCUGGAAGAGAACCCAACCGGACAUAGCGAGACAGUGCCACCCAAGACGGUGGAUGUGGUUGAGAAUCCAGUUAGAGGAUCGGACCAUUUGGACAAUGAGACAGAGGUUAUCACCAAUACCAAGGAGAUCCCACAUUCCAACGGCGAGGAUAAUGUGAAGCCCAACGACGGGGAUGCGGACAAGCUCGUAGCUGAUAUCGAAGAGGAUCUUUCCAAGGUUGAGGAUUUAGAUAUACAACCCACUGGAACUGAAGAGGAACAUUCAAAAACUGAGGAUGAAGAGAAGCAUGUUCCUGUGCAUGGAGAAACGCAUUCCAAUACUGUGGAUGUAGAAAGUCGUCAUACCGACGAUGAAGAGAAGAACUCCAAAGUUGGGGACGAAGAGAAACACUCCAAGGUAGAUGAAGAGGAGAUGCAUUCCAAGAUAGAUGAAUCCAAGGUAGAAGAGGCAGAGAAGCCUUCCAUAGUGGAUGAGGAGGAGAAACACUCCGAGAUAGAUGAUUCCAAGGUAGAAGAGGACGAUAAGCCUUCCAAGGUAGACGAGGAGCAGACGUACUCCAAGGUAGAGGAAGAAGAAAAUCCUUUCAAGGGUGAUGAAGAAAAGACGUUUGCUAAGACUGUGGACGAGGAUGAACACUCGGAGAUCAGUAGUGAAGAGAAACAAUCCAAUGUCGAUGUGGAACAGAAGGAUUCCAAGUUUGAGGAUGAAGGGAAACAAUUGAAUGCCGAGGAUGGGGUGAAACAUUCCGAGGUUAAGGAUGAAGGGACGCAAGUGAACGCCGGGAUUGACGAGAAAAAGCCCAAUUCUGAGGAUACAAAGAAGCAUUUAAUUGACAAUGGUGAGGUACACAGCUUCGAGAAUGGAAGCAAGCAAGACAUUGAGAAUGGAGAAAACGUGCAAUUGUGAGCAUUCGUCUUGAGAGCCUGCGAAUAACUCAAGGUGAGUUCGAUCCAUCAAUUUCUCUUUCGAAAUCUCUCCAUCAUUGUAAUGACGUUGGUGCUGUACAUGCCAAAGGCGGCAAAGAUGGAGGUUGUAGUUGUUGAUUCGUCGAUACGAAUUGAACUUCAGCAAAGUUCUUCGUUUGUACCGUAGCGUAGUUUCGUGAUGUAGUGCACUCUUGCGUUUAGUUAGACAGAUAAAAGCGUGGUGUUGACACAUUGCCGACGGACUUUCAUGUCUUUAGAAAGAAAAAAUAAAUUUUCCAGGUCAGGAGGACGAGUUACGUUUCCCAUGACGUACUUCGCAAUUUUGUUCACAUGCAAUUUCCAAGUCAAGAUUACAGAUGUUUUUGGCUA